UCGCGCGUUGAGCGGAUACCGAAUAAUUUCGAAGAGAUUCGCGAGCUACAGCGUCGUCUCGAGUAAUCGGACAGAUCAUUAAGCAGGCGAAUCCGUCCAUCAGAGCCUGACGAGAUGUCCGUCAUGGGAAAGCCAGUACUCUACUCCUAUUGGCGGAGCUCUUGUUCCUGGAGAGUGCGAAUUGCAUUAAAUUUAAAAGAAAUUCCAUAUGACAUAAAACCUGUUAGCUUGAUAAAAGGUGGUGGAGAGCAACAUUCUAAUGAAUUUCGUGAGAUUAAUCCAAUGGAGCAGGUACCUGCACUUCAUAUUGACAAUCACACGUUAAUAGAAUCUUUAAAUAUCUUGCAAUACUUAGAAGAAACCAGACCACAUCGACCUUUAAUGCCUGCAGACCCAGUAAAAAGAGCAAGAGUUAGAGAAAUAUGUGAAGUCAUUGCUAGUGGCAUUCAACCUUUGCAAAACUUAGUUGUGUUGAUUUAUGUUGGAGAGGAACGUAAAAAGGAAUGGGCACAGCAUUGGAUCACCAGAGGUCUAACGGCUGUAGAGAAAUUAUUGUCAUCCAGUGCAGGAAAAUACUGUGUAGGUGAUGAAAUCACAUUAGCAGACUGCUGCUUAAUACCACAGAUAUUUAAUGCAAGGAGGUUUCUUGUUGAUUUACGACCUUUCCCCACAAUUUUAAGGGUAGAUCGUCAUUUAGAGAAUCAUCCAGCUUUCACUGCUGCUCAUCCAAACAAUCAGCCUGAUUGCCCACCAGAGGCAACCAAGUAGCAAGCAAGGCAGACCACCCUCUUCCUCUUCUAAUUUAUUAGAAACAGAAAGGGAGGUGGUCGAAUAUAUUGUAGUUCUGUAGUGGCAAAAGGUGAUGCAAUUUUAUUUACAAAAAAUUGCCAACAUAUAAUUAUGUUAAAAUGAUUAUGAUGGAU